UGUCAGGGAAAGAAAGGAGUAAGCAAGAUUGUGCCUGCAACACACAGUGCAGCUGAGUUCAAAAGACGGCAGACAUGGUUGGACACAAACUGGAGGAGAGAACAAGCCGCGAAUAAGGAAACGACAAAGCAUCAGCGGCCGACCUUGGCCGCCCUAUCGUUUCCAUCUAUAUCCGGAAACUACUGGAUUAUUUAUACGCCUCUCCGUCUCGCUCUCUGUGUGAGAGAGAGAGGGAUUUGCUCUGCGCUCACCCCCGACAUGCCGUGUCCUGCUGCUGUCAGGGCAGCUGCUGCUGCAGUCUGGCUGCUGGCUGUUCUGGGCCCGGGCCUGUCUCUCCCAGCUGAGGACGACUCCGACAGCCUCUGCUCCCACUGCUUCUACAGACAGACGCCUCCUCGGGGAGCCUCUGCAGGGUUGCUCUGCCACAGCCUGCCGGAGGGACGGGCCUUCGCCACUCUGUCCAGACCGGCCUGUGGCACCGCCGUCUUCUCUGCCUUCCAUCUCAGCCUCGGCCGGGCAGAGGAGGAGGGGGACGAGCUCGUGACAAAGGAAGAAGGAGAGGAAGAAGAAAUCAUCAAAGUGUCAGCACCGGCUCUUCUCAGAAGAGGCGGGGAUCCAUCUCAUCCUGUGUCGCCCACAGACUGCUCGCUUCAACACUGGGACUCGAGAGUCACAACACUGGUCCAGACCAGCAUCUCUCCCCGCUGCAGCACGCUGGGGGGGGAUCUCUACAUCCUGACCGGCGUAGGGGGUCUCGGGGCUGCUGACGAGUGUCAGACGAAGCCGCAGUGGUCUGCAGUGUGCUGCGCUGUCCCAGAGGGGAAGAGUGGCUUCAGUCUGGGGUUAAUCAGGGAGACGGGGGAAGGGGAGAGGGAAGUGAGCGUGAAGGAGCUGGAGGAGAUUCUCGGAGCGGCAGAGCUGUUCUCCGAGGGCUGUGGAGGAGCAGACGGGGCGAGUGUCGGAAUCAGAGUAGAUCUGCACAGUGACGGGCUCCCUGGAGACAUAGACAGGCUGGAUGCAGAACUUACUGGUGAAAACACAGGAGAUGAAGAUGGAGAUUCAAACACCGCCGGUCGAGUCACUGAAGGAAAGGAAGUUGGUUUAGGUGCCACUGAAGGAGAGGAGAUCGGUUCAGGUGUCACUAAAGGAAAGGAAGUUGGUUUAGGUGCCACUGAAGGAGAGGAGAUCGGUUCAGGUGCCAGUGAAGGAAUCGAGCAGCGUGAUGUGACCCGUUCAAGAGCUGUCAGAUCAGGGUCUUCUGAGUCCUCAGCUGACCAUGAAACGGUGGAGGAACAAGAGACGGACACAAAUUCCAGCAGCACUCUGGUGUACGUCCUCUCCACCACCUUGUCCAUCCUCACGGCGCCGCUGCAGCCGGUGUUCUCCACUGUCACUAAGUUACCUGGUCAGGUGACCUACGUUCUUCAGGAAGACCUUGGGGUUCUGUCGGCACUUCCCGGUGAAACGUUCUCCCUAGUUCACCUCUUGACCUCUGACCUCUUGUCUUGGACCGGCUCAGCUGGAGAAACGCUGCUGGGUAUUGGGGGAAACUGCUGCUCCAGCCUCUACUGCUGCUCCUGCUCCAUGCUGGGGGCCCUGUGGAACAGUUGCCACACCGGGGUCACCGGCAUCGGAACCCUGGCUGGAGACACAGUGGGGAUAUUUGGCGAUGCGUUGGAUAAUACUUGGUGGGUGACCAAGUUCUUCGGAGGCCGGCUGUGGAAUCAGAGCGGGGGUUACGUAGGAUCAGUGGUGUCAGAGAUGGGGGGUCAGACGAUGGCGGUCGGUGGAGGGUUGGGGAGGCUAGUGUGGAAAAUUGGUACGGGGGUGGGUAGCGUGUUCAGACUGGGAGGGGGUUUAAUAAUGGGGACGGUUGAUGUAGUCUUUGGUGCGGUGAAAGGUGCGUAUGAGUGAUUGAAAAGUGGAACACAAGUCCACAUGAAGACAUUAGUGACAAACAUUAUUUUUCGCAAGUUUUGGUUUGUGAAUUUUUUAGCAUAUAAGAGUGAAAAAGGGGGAGUGUUUCAGUUUGAUGUCAUUUGAACCUCAGUUGUUAGGAUCAGGAUAGACCUAUGUUUCUGAAUAAACUUAAGUAAAUUGCUCAUUUCUUACACUGUAGGUCUUACACUUCACUGUGGCUGGCUGUCCAAAUAAUCUGCUGCUGGGACAAGUGACCCAACUGUGAAAAACACUGCGCACAAGGCUUUUGGAUGUAAUUGUUCAAAACAAUUAUUGUAUAAAAGAGGAUGCUGGCAUAAUGUU